CAUGCAGCAAAACGGGAGAAAUGCAAACACGAGCCCAUGCCUCAAUUUCCACUGAAAUCACAUACAUCAUUGACGGCAGGAAGCUCCCUCCCCACUCUUCCUUCUCUGAACUACCCGCCAUGGGAGCCAACGCUCGUUGCCUCUCUCCUAUCCAGCAUAAAGAGCUUCACCAACCAGGGCCAGCUAGCCAAGGCGUUCAAAGCAUUCUCCCUCCUCCUCCAUCAUGGAGUCACCUGCAACCUCCCCGCCGUCUCCUCCAUUCUUCACACCUGUGCAUCCUUCAAGUGCCUCCCACAAGGCAAGCAGCUCCACGCUCAUUCAGUUUGCUGUGGUAUCCACCAACACCCUUUAUUGGUCAAAAGGCUUGUUGCCAUGUACUCGAGCUGUGGAAGUUUCCCAGAUGCCCAUUUGGUCGUUGAAAGCUCAGGAACUAGAGACGUAUUUCCGUGGAAUGUGUUGAUAUCUGCCUAUGUAAAAAGUGGGUUCUUUAAGGAAGCUCUUGGUGCUUACAGGAGCAUGGUGGAAUUUGGAGUCGCUGCUGAUAAUUUUUCAUACCCUUCAGUUCUGAAGGCGUGUGGAGAAAUGGGCGACCUGGAUUUGGGGAGGAAGGUUCAUGGGAGGAUAGGCACAAGCGGGUUAGAGUGGAAUAUAUUUGUUCACAACGCUCUGCUAACGAUGUAUGCAAGGUGCGGGGAAAUCGGCGUCGCGCGCCAAGUGUUUGAUGAAAUGCCGGAGAGAGACGUUGUAUCUGGGAAUGCGAUGAUUGAAGGGUACGCGCAGGAGGGUAUGUGGGAACAAGCGUUCCAUUUGUUUGAAACCAUGCAGCUGGAUGGUUGGUUGGCGAAUGCAGUGACUUGGAACACGAUUGCUGGGGGAAACGUGCAGAUGGGGAAGUUUGAAGAAGCUUUGAAGCUGAUUUCACAGAUGAGAGCCAGCGGUGUUAAUUUUGAUUCUGUUUCAUUGGUGGUUGGUCUGACUGCAUGUUCUCAUUUGGGAAGCCUCAGGCCUGGUAAAGAGAUCCAUGGCUUUGCGGUUCGUUCAUUUUGGGAUGUAACAGAGACAUUUAAGAAUGCACUGAUUACCAUGUACACAAGAUGCAAGGAUUUUAAGGGCGCUCGCCUUCUAUUUGAGAAGAUCCUGGAAAAGAGUUUGAUAUCGUGGAAUGCUAUAAUUGCUGGUUAUGCACAUAGUGACUGUGCUGAAGAUGCGUCAUGUUUGUUCAGGAAAAUGGUAUUUUCAAAUAUAAAACCCAAUUACGUCACGUUGGCUAGUAUUCUCUCAGUCAUUUCUCGUGUUGCAAAUCUCCAACACGGUAAGGAGCUACACUGUUACCUGAUAAAGAACAGCUAUGAUGACUAUUUGUUGUUGUGGAACUCCCUUGUGAACAUGUACAGAAAUUCAGGAAGGAUAUCAGAUGCUCGUAGAGUUUUUGAUUUGAUCCCGAAGAAGGAUGAGAUUUCCUAUACGGCUUUGAUUGCUGGUUAUGGGAUGCAAGGGAAAGGUGAAGAAGCUAUUAAGCUAUUUGAUGAGAUGGUGAGAUGCAAUAUCAAGCCAGAUCAUAUAACUAUGGUUGUAGUACUAUCUGCCUGCAGUCAUUCUGGGUUGGUGAAAGAAGGCCGAGCACUUUUUGACAAAAUGAUCAAAGAUUACAAAAUAAAGCUUAGGAUGGAACAUUAUGCUUGUAUUGUGGAUCUUCUUGGUAGGGCAGGUUUGUUGCAGGAAGCAGAGGAAAUCAUAACUCAGAUGCCUUUUAAGCCCAGUUCUGCCAUGUGGGCCACUCUGAUAGGUGCAUGUCGGAUACAUGGAAACAUGGAAAUUGGGGGAUGGGCUGCAGAAAAUCUUUUAGAUAUGAAACCUGAAAAUCCUGGCUAUUAUGUACUUAUUGCAAAUAUGUAUGCAGCUGCUGGGCGCUGGGAUAAAUUAGCAGAAGUUAGAGUACUGAUGAGGAACAGAGGUCUGAAAAAGCCUCCUGGAUGCACCUGGAUAGAAUUGGAUAAUAGGUCCCAUCCUUUCCUUGUGGGAGAUAGAACAAACGCACAAGCACAAGAGAUUUAUUCAAUGCUGGAUGGCCUGACCAUUCAGAUGAAGGAUGCUGGUUAUGUAGCAAAUUGGGAUUUUGAUUUGGAGGUGUGCGAUUUAAUAGAGGACGAAGUUCAAGGGCACAUGGAUGAUUUGGUUCUGAUGCAGGAAGCAAUUAGCUGAUUCGGUGAUGUGCCUUAGUUGAACAAUGCCCCUUCAUGCGGGGAACCAAACAAGUAACAAAGGUGCCGGAUCAGCAACCAUUCUUACAUACAAUGUUGCAGAGGGAAAUAAAAGUAUACAGAGUGGUAUACCGUAAGGUGUAAACUAACAGGUAAAAGUUGGCUCACCAAUUUUAUACAGAGCAGAGGCAGAUCACCAUUGGUUACAGACCCAAGGCACUGAUAGCUAUCAAAAUUACAUAUUUACAGUAUUCUUCUUAGAUGACAAGGGAGCAGUCUUGCUGCAGUCUUCCAUAUGCUUUGAUAUGAGCUAUCUGCAAGUUGAGGAAUUUGUUGUAAAUCCAGAGGUACUCUGUUGGCACUCUGUUAAGAGAAUGGGAUAAUAGGUCAGCAAACGGAUGUACGAAAACACAUGCAAAUACUGCACCGCUUCCAUAUGUGAUGACGUCUAUUUUGUUAUUGAUGGUUGUCAUAACCAACCCCAAUUCACAGAAAAAAUAUGAACACCUGAUAGGUGCUUAUAGCAGAAGAAAAUGAAUAAUUCAUUGGCAUACAAGGGCUAGCUCCAGAAGCUUCACCAGCAGGUUCUAACAUAUCUUCUGUAAUUGUGUAUGAUCAUUUUCAUGCUGAUCAGCUGAUGGCCAGUGUUAUCAUGGCUAUCAUGCCACAUUUAGUUGGUUUGAACUUUGAAGUCUUUUUUCCCAUGUGUUCUAAGCAUAACUUCUCCUAGUCAAAUUGAUUACUGAAGGGCUUCAACUAA